CGGUUGCGCGUGGGACUCGCUUCCGCUUAAUGAUGUCAUUUGCUGCGUGCUGCUGAGUUGAGUCGCUAACAGAAGUGAUCUUUUCUUUCUUUUCGCGUCGCAUGCGAUUCAGCCCGUUUUCCACUGAAGAUGGGGAUCUUAGAGAAGAUAGCAGAAAUCGAGAAGGAAAUCUCACGAACCCAGAAAAACAAAGCCACCGAGUACCACCUGGGUUUGCUGAAGGCUAAACUUGCCAAGUACAGAGCCCAGCUGCUGGAGCCGUCAAAAUCGGCCGGGGCCAAAGGAGAGGGAUUCGAUGUCAUGAAGUCCGGAGACGCCCGGGUUGCGCUCAUUGGCUUCCCGUCUGUGGGCAAGUCUACCUUCUUGAGCCUGAUGACGUCGACGGAGAGCGAGGCGGCGUCCUACGAGUUCACCACACUCACCUGCAUCCCCGGAGUUAUUGAGUACAAAGGUGCCAACAUCCAGCUUCUAGACUUGCCUGGAAUCAUUGAAGGCGCCGCCCAAGGGAAGGGUCGAGGAAGGCAGGUCAUCGCCGUGGCCAGAACCGCAGACGUGGUCAUCAUGAUGCUGGAUGCUACGAAAGGCGACGUUCAGAGGGCGCUUCUGGAGAAGGAGCUGGAAUCCGUAGGGAUCCGACUUAACCGGUUGAAACCAAACAUUUACUUCAAGCCCAAGAAAUGCGGUGGACUUUCCUACAACUCGACAGUGCCCCUCACGCACUGUUCCGAGAAACUGGUGCAGCUCAUUCUGCACGAAUAUAAAAUCUUCAAUGCGGAGGUUUUGUUCAGAGAGGACUGCACGCCUGACGAGUUCAUCGACGUCAUCGUCGGAAACAGAGUUUACAUGCCGUGUUUGUAUGUGUACAACAAAGUGGACCAGAUCUCCAUGGAGGAGGUGGAUCGCUUGGCCCGGAAAUCCCACAGCGUGGUCAUCAGUUGUGGCAUGGACCUGAACCUUGACUACCUUCUGGAGAAGUUGUGGGAGUACCUGGCAUUGAUCUGCAUCUACACCAAGAAGAGAGGAGAGCGACCGGAUUUUGGAGAUGCCAUAAUCAUGAGGAGAGGAGCCACCGUGGAGCACGUGUGUCAUCGAAUUCACAGAUCACUUGCGAGCCAGUUCAAGUACGCACUCGUCUGGGGGACGAGCACCAAGUACAGUCCGCAGAGGGUGGGCCUCACGCACGUGAUGGAGCACGAGGACGUCAUCCAGAUCGUGAAGAAGUGAGGCGCGCCGCUGCGUGUGUGUCGCCGCAGUGACCGAGAGUGAAAACUAAUAAACAAGAUGAGCGUGAGGGAACUUUUGCCACAAAGUUCGCUCUGUGUUGUGUGUGUGUGUGUGUGUGUGUGUGUGUGUGUGAGUGAGAGAGGGGGGGAAACGGACAGAGUGAGUCUCCUGGAGUGCAUGAAAACUUCCUUUUAAACGACAAAUAAAAGAGGCGAGAGGAGCCCUGUCUGU